GGUAAUGGUGGUUGUGAUGGACCCUGAACAAUGUAUACUGCACAACAAAGGUCAAUAAUCAUCUCGUUCAACACUCAAGACUCCAUCCUCAGUUUCAGCCUUUACACGUCACUUCACUUGUUUCGUUAUCACUUUUACCCAAAAGGUGAUAUUUUAAUUUGCCUAUAAAUGAAUAUGAAAAUAUUAACUACACUCAUCGACUUGAUGGUGGUGGUGGUGUUGUGGACUGUCCUCACCCUCCUGAUGUAGCAGAGGAUGGGCGAGCUGGAGUAUCUCCUGAAAAUGUCCUUGAAGCCAAGCCAGUACCAGGAGGUUCUGGGCAAAAUACCUGGCUCAGGGCACUGGGUCUUCAUGGAUAUACCUGUCAUCGGCUACGGCCUGAGUGCUCUGCACCGUAUGACAGUACUGAGCGACCUCCUGAGACACCCUUUCCCUAUUGUGUUUGGGUGGCGGCCAGCAAGCUCUUAGUGGUGUGUGGCAUCCUGGUGAUCCUCUUCGUCACUGAAGUCCUCACUGUCCUAUACAGUAAAAUGCUGAAAAGACCGGAGCCAACGCUUAUCGACGCAGCUGUAGAAGACCAGAGGGGCCAGCUGCCUCUGUCCACCUCCCUCGAGUACAUACCUGUGGCCAAGACCUCAAAGCUUCCUCACUUCGCAGCAAGGAAAGAGGCCGACGACCUGACAGAGGCUGUCUCUGGAAACUUUACGCAGGCUUUCUCUGGCGACCCUGCAAAGGACGCGUCUGGUGACCAUACCGCCCCUGGUGAUCUUCCAAAGACUGCCUCUGGAGACCUUACAGAGGCUGUCCCUGGUGAUCUUACAGAGGCUGCCUUUGCAUGCCUUACGGAGGACACUAGGAUACGCGUGGUAAGAGUUAAAAUCAGAUCAGCAAUUACAAAGCCUAAGGGAAUAGCCCGAAUUUUCUUUGAGUUAGGGCGACUACUUACACACUCUAAACAGUUACCUUUUCCGGAAAACUCUGAUGAACUUGAAUACAGUCGCACGGUUCAGAUAGAAGGGUCAGUAGAGAAAUCACGAUAUCAAAUAAAGAUUAAAAUAACAUGCUGGGAUAAAGCCAGUAGGGAAAGAGUGACGUGUUGGGUUUCAGUGGACACAGGUCAGAGGUUCCCUGAAAAGGAAGAAGUGGACUUGCUCGUACUCUGGCUGUUGGACUGCGUCACCUGCCAAAACUAUUCUGAAAAAGACAUUACUGACCAUUUGAAAACUGAAGUAAUGAGUUUCUACCGGGGGUUCGUGCAAGCCUUACUCGGCGGCCCAACAUUCACUAUAAUUUUCGACCAAGAUUCAUCUGGAGACACGUCUGGAGAGGUAUACAGGAAGCCUGAUGCUGCUCAACGUGACAGGAAGACUGAAGUAGUUGGGCUGUACAGAAAAUGUAAUGAUACCACCAGCAACCGUGAAACGUCUAACGAUGACACCACCAGGCAGGACACAGAGUCUGACGACACCAGCAAACCUGACUUCGUCUUGCGUUUGAGGAGACCUGACUUCGUCAUGCAGGCCAGGAAACGUGAUGCCGACCUGCAUGACAGGGGCCCCGACUUCGAACUGCGUUUCAGGAAGCCAAAGGCCGCCCAGCAUAAGAAGCCAAUGGCUGCACAGCAUGAGAGGUCUGAGGCCGCCCAGCAUGAGAAGAAGCCAAUUGCUGCACAGCAUGAGAGGAGGUCUGAGGCCGCCCAGCAUGACAGGAGGCCUGAGGCAGACCAUCGUGACAGGAGGUCUGAGGCAGACCAUCGUGACAGGAGGUCUGAGGCGGCCCAGCAUGCUGCUGCCCAGCAUGACAAGAGGCCUGAGGCCGCCCAGCAUGACAGGAGACCACAGUCUGCCCAACAAGUGAAAAGAAGACCUGAGACUGCCCAGCAUGACAUGAGGCCAGAGGUCGCCCACAACAUGGACCCACAUUUUUACCUGGGAGUAACCCAUAUACGGUGUACAGGUAUUGAAGAAAAUUACCAGAACAAGCUGCUGAUUGAAGCCGAUAUCAACCAUCACGUAUUCCAAGAGACCAAGAAAAUCAAAAUAGACCUAAAUUUCGGCGAGAAGUUUCCCACAGCAGAGGAUAUUGAGGACGCAGUGAUGAUUCUGACCCGCACUCUACACAACACUGUUAUCGUCACACAAGAAGAGUGGAACGAUGCCGACUUUCAGGAGAAAAUCUUCAAUUCUCUUAUGUCCCAACUCUUCCCCGAGGAUACAGCCCGCCCAGGCAUAUAUGGGGAGGAUGGCGCUGCCCCACUGAUGAAUGAGGGUGUGUCAUGACACAGUGAUAAAGGAAAGAGUCAAUGGCACAUGGGAAGAAAUGUCAUGUGAGGCCUUUUGGUUGACGGGUGAUAACUUGGUUGACGGGUGAUAACUUGGUUGACGGGUGAUAACUUGGUUGACGGGUGAUAACUUGGUUGACGGGUGAUAACUUGGUUGACGGGUGAUAACUUGGUUGACGGGUGAUAACUUGGAAAAUCCUCUUCUGAUCUCGGCUUGACACUUACACCUACGCAUCAUCUUUUAGUAUUUUUUUUUAA